UUAAAACAAGUUGACAAACAGUGACGUUACGAUCAGAGCGGAGGAAUCUUUCUGCUCUCGCGUAAAAGCCGCCGCGUCUUCACGGUGCUUAACGGCCGCUGGAAGCACGUGACCGCGCACACACGCAGCUUUACCUCACGCCGCAGCGCGACACCCUGGAAGAGACGGAGACACCUCGGGAGGACGCCGAGCCGCCGGGACGGGAUGUGAAAGCCGCCACGGCGAGAUGUGAGAUGAACCGGGGGAGAACGGCGACCACCGAGGCCAGCGACAUCAUGUUGGUCCGGGGCUCGCGAGGCCGAGCCAGAGUGACUCACGCCGUGGUGGUGAUCUUCCUGGAGUUCUUCGCCUGGGGGCUGCUGACCACGCCCAUGCUGACAGUCCUCCAUGAGACGUUUCCUCAGCACACCUUCCUGAUGAACGGCCUGGUUCACGGCGUCAAGGGCUUCCUGUCGUUCCUGUCGGCUCCUCUGAUCGGCGCCCUGUCGGACAUCUGGGGCAGGAAGUCCUUCCUCCUCAUGACGGUGUUCUUCACCUGCGCCCCCAUCCCCUUCAUGAGGAUCAGCCCCUGGUGGUACUUCGCCCUCAUCUCCGUGUCGGGGAUCUUCGCUGUGACCUUCUCGGUGAUCUUCGCCUACGUGGCCGACAUCACGGAGGAGCACGAAAGGAGCACCGCCUACGGACUGGUGUCGGCGACCUUCGCCGCCAGCCUGGUGACGAGCCCGGCCAUCGGGGCCUACCUGUCGGAGCAGUACGGCGACAGCCUGGUGGUCCUGGUCGCCACGGUGAUCUCCGUGGCGGACAUCGCCUUCGUGUUCUUCGUGGUCCCCGAGUCUCUCCCGGACAAGAUGAGGCUCACGUCCUGGGGCUUCCCCAUCUCCUGGGAGCAGGCCGACCCCUUCUCCUCUCUGCGUCGCGUUGGGAAAGACACCACGGUGCUGCUGAUCUGCGUCACGGUGUUCCUCUCGUACCUCCCCGAAGCAGGACAAUACUCCAGCUUCUUCCUCUACCUGAGACAGGUGAUUGAGUUUUCUCCUGCAGCCAUCGCUGCCUUCAUCGCCAUGGUGGGAAUCCUUUCCAUCGUCGCCCAGACGCUGUUCCUCGGGGUUCUGAUGAGGACCAUUGGGAACAAGAACACCGUUCUCCUGGGUCUGGGCUUCCAGCUCUUCCAGCUGGCCUGGUACGGCUUCGGCUCGGAGCCCUGGAUGAUGUGGGCAGCAGGAACGGUGGCAGCGAUGUCCUCCAUCACUUUCCCAGCAGUCUCUGCUCUGGUGUCCGUCAGCGCAUCGGCUGACCAGCAGGGAGUGGCCCAGGGGAUGAUCACAGGUAUCCGAGGUCUCUGUAACGGUUUGGGUCCGGCUCUCUACGGCUUCAUCUUCUUCCUCUUCAACGUGGAGCUGAACGACAUGCCGCAGGUGGCGGGACGUCCCGCACCCGUCACUGAGAAGUCGAUGAUCCCCGGCCCUCCUUUCCUGUUCGGUGCGUUUGCGGUCUUAUUCGCUCUCCUGGUCGCCAUCUUUAUCCCGGAUCACCGAUUGGACGACGUCAAGACCUCCAAAUCUGGCAGCGCCUCCGCCGCACACUCUCAGAGCGCCGGCCCUCUGGCCACGCCCACCAGCGACGCGGAGGACAUUGAACCGCUGCUCCAGGACAGCAGCAUGUGACAUGAGCGCCCCGCCUCCCCCUCGCCUCCCGCGCCAAUUACGAGGCCAUUAACGACUCCCGCCCCUUUUCAGAAUAAACCUUUUUCAGAUUUUUUGUCGGCCUGUCGGGCGACAAUCGCACUGACGAGCUUUACUUCAUCACGAUCCAUUCAUGCCUUUAUCACACACGUUACUUUUGAAAUAAUUUGAACUUUGGUCUUUUAACCUGGCCCUUCAAAGUAAAAGCAUUGGGUGGUCUUAUCUGAAAUAUUGCUAAUCGUUUCCCUUCACCACAGUUGCUGUUACAAGUCAAUAAGGUUUCUAUCAUUUGUUAUACAUGAUCUCCUCUUCGUAGCCCCGCCGGGUGUGUGGGGAGCAGUAACCGAAGUACUACUACGAAGUACACAUGAUCACUUCUCUUUUUAGAGCUUGCUCACGCUGUCAAGCUGUUGUAUCACUUAUAUUAGCAUCUCUUUAAAAGCUCGCACAUCAGAAUUAUAAAUCAAUAUUCAAAUGCUACACAGCUUCUCGUUAUUAGAUAAAGAUCACAAUUCUAUUUGUAGAAGAGAUUUUUUUCAUUUUUUUAACUUAAUGAGUCACAACUGAUAAAUUAGAUUCAUCAAGACAUUAUUAAAUCAUAACCACUUUAUUAGAAUUGAGGAUUUUUCAGUUUCUGAAUGUAAAUAAAAUCGUUCGAUACUCGACUUUCACAUCAGUGUUCACGCCGCUUCAGCGCCGUUACACUCGUUCCAACGGUCCCCUGAGAUCCUGUUUGCAGUACUCCGAGGUACUCUGAGGUACUCGGAGGUACUCUGAGGAAAACGCGCCCGGCAAACCUCAAGCCGUCAGUCUGGUUGCCGCCCCAACGCUUUGGAGUCAGUUUGGUUUCCCUCCGUCUGUGUGUGUCUGCUGCUGCACCACCUAACUCCACCCGGCAGGUGUGCAGAGGCCUGGAGAUCAAACGCCCUUUGCUGGAGGAGCAGCUCCCACCACGACUAACAUGGAAAGCUGCUCCCCGGUUGCUGAGGUCAGAGCUGCUCGGCAUUGUGGGAAGCGACAGUGUGCUUGUUUCCUGUUGUCGCUGUUCAUCUCUGCAUUGACAGACGGCUGAUCCUCGCCCGUCAGUACUGUAGCGACUCAAGGACCGGUUAGAAGAACCCCAGUGCAUGCUGGGAGGGGUCGGCUUUUACUUCAGGGAACAUCUGACUGUGGAGACUUGAAACUUUGAAAAGCUUUGUGGUGUAAAGUAGCACGAGCAAGGUGCUGCAGUCUGCGUGGUGCGUUCAAGGACCCCUAACUGUCCAUUUAAAUCUGUCCCUCAUGUGUUCUUUGGAGCUACAGUAUGUCCUUGAACGCACCAUCCAGCAGUCUCCACACGUUCUCUGUGGGUCCGUUCACAGAAUCCAUCGGUUCUUUCCGUUACUUUAGGACUCGUGUUGUCGAUGGAAUACUUGCUGCGUUCAAGGUCCAUCUGUUGCGUGGGAAUUCCGGGUUCCAUCUGAGGAAGGUCUCACAGAACUAAGCAAAACUAUUGCUUUCUACUUUUCUUUUUCAACGACACAGCUGCCGCUUUUUUCUCGCUGGGGACUUGAAUGCAGCAUCAAUCGACGAUGAUGACGAUGAUGACGAAGCACAAUCGACGUCUUUUUAUUUCAACGUGCCAUUAACUCUUCAGAGAUGUCAGACUGACGGUUGGACCUGCAGUGUAUUUUUCUGGUCUGUCGUGACUCAAUCUCCCAGAAUGCACCAGUGUUAAUUGUGUUUGUUCUUCAGGCACUUUAUGUUGCUGCUGAGUUCUGGUCCCGUCGGAAAGCUCAGCGCUGAUCCAGACGACUAGUUUCCUACGUUUUUAGAAAAGAGAAGAACUCGUCUUCUCUUCCACAGGAGAGACUUUGUAUAUUAUGUUUGUUUUAGUGAAAGCAUGAAAGAGGUUAGACUUGUAUUAAACAUAUUUACAGGAUAUUCAAACUAUUGAGUUGGAAUUAAAAUAUUGAACUUCUAAAUUCUAAUUUUGAGGUUCCAAAAAUCAGGAUUUAAAUUUAAACCAAAUGUUUGGAUUUCUUUAUUUUUUUUAAACAGAGUUAUCUUUCACUAUUUUAUCUGCAUCAUAACUAAUGAGCCUCAAAUCAAAUUGUGGAAGCGCUCAACUUUCCGACCGGCCCUGAAGAGACAACAUGGCUGCAAAUGUAUUUCAGCUGAUGAUCCGUUAGAACAGAAACAUUCCUCCUCUAAUGAAGCCGGACUCUGCUGCUUCAUCUCCUCCUCCUCUUCCUCCUCUAAUGAAGCAGGACUGUGUUUUGCGCCUCGUUUGCUUCUGACUUUGUGCCUCGAAUCAUUCUUCAUGUUCAUAUCGGUGUUUUUAUAGAGAAACAAAGACACUGAAUGACGUCUUUGUUUUGUUUUAUCUUAUUGACAUAAUUUUGAAUAAUAUCUAUAAAAAUAAUAAUGGUAAUAAAGAGAUUUAUGAAAAUUGCAA